CGCAAAAGUUAGAGCUAGUACCUAUGGUUAGAAAAGAUAAGAAAAAUCGAACAUGUAAUAGGUGUGGUAAGACCGUAGCAACACCUCAAAAACUUCGAGAACAUCUUGAACGUAAGAAUCCUUGUCGGCCUAUUAAUCAAAUACCUGAAAUAGUAUCCGAAACUAGACAAGUUACAGAGGUUAAUAACUAUGAUACUCAUCAAACUUUGCCAGUAGCUAGCAACAGCAAAUCAGAAAUAAAAGGUCUUAAUGACCGAUUACCUGGUGAAACAGUCUGGAAAUGGGCAGAAUGCAAAUCACUUUAUGACGAAUUAUUGCAAAUGGAUGAUGAGGCAUAUGAUGAUAUAGAACCUAUAGAAAGGAUGAAAGAAGAACAAGAAUUCUUUGGAGAAGUUGAAGAUGAGACAAAUAGGCAAGUAGAAAAUAAGCCUACUAAAAAUCAACAAUCCAAAAAUCUAACUAAACCAUCUAGUAAUAAGGAUGAAUCUUUGAUUAAUAAAGAAUUUGAACGUCUUAGUAUGAUUACUGGAGAUAAUGAGAGGGAUAUAAUAUUUCGAGAACAAAAUAUGGGUCCAGCAUUAAAAAGACGAGUUGUUGCUGUACAUAAUGCAAAAGUUUCUAGAUAUCAUCCAGAUAAUGGAAGUGAUAUCAGAAAAAUAUUAGAAAGUCAAAGAAAACCAUUUCGGGAGCUACUUGAAAAAGAGUUUGAUAAACGUGGGCAAUUCAAAUUUGCAUUAUGCUCUCUUACAAAAUUCCUUGUAGAUAACAAACCAGGUGAAAAAGAAAAAGAUAAGAAAAAGAACACACGAAUGGACUGGCUUAGAAAUAAACAAAUUAUAGUAUACAAUAGAGCCGAAAUUGAUGAUUACUUAAGCAAUGCUUUUGAACAAAUUAUAAAUCAAGUAGAGGAGAGAGGAGGUAAGUCUAAUGCUUGA